AUGCAUCCCAAGUCUGGAGAUGUGCAGUACUGUGAGGCGAUGCUCGCCGAAGGGCUCGCCUCCCUCCGCAAUUCUCACAGCAUAGAACAUAUGGAGGUGAAGCUGGGAUGGAGUUGGACAGUAUCUGACCGAGAUUUAACGGCGAAAGCGAAGGAGGUCUAUCGCCGGAUGCCAACCUUUAUGCGACGAUUGGAUGUGGCUUUGGCGGGGUUUCUAGACGAACAGAAGUAUAGCAGGGUGAAGGGGAUCAAGCUGUAUGUUGAGCCCUGGAGUUAUGCCGAGAAGUGGAGGACAUGGUGGGUCGGAGAUUUUAGGCCUUUGAUUGAUGAUUUGGUAGCUCAGCCCUUGAAUGAGUGGCUUCCGACUUUGAGUUCGUCUGGAAAGUUUCUUGCUGUAUGGCUUAACUGA